CAUGUGCUCCUUACUUUUAUGCUUAUGAUUUUAAUCGUCUUGAUAAUACGUUAAUUAGUAAGUUUUUUAUGUUUUAGAUUCUGUUUGGUUGGUGAGAAAAUAUGGGAAAAAGGAAAGAAAAAUAAUAGAAAAAGAAAGCUUUAAAGAUCAUGGUUUCGUUUUAAAUUUCAAUAACCGAAGUACCAAGAAAUGGUAGUAAAUAAGAGCUAAAAUUGGAAAGAAGAAAAUGAGUUUCCAUUUGAAUAUUAUUGAGAUUAUAUUUUCCUUACGAGAUUAUACAUCAUUUUUGAAGCCAGAAAGUUCUUUCUUGUCUAUCUUUUCUCCGGUUUCUGCUACGUUAGGUAUUUCAUCCAAGAAAAAUUAUUUUUUCUUUUCUGGUUCCUGAAAGGAUCUGUACUACUAUUAAAAACCAGAAUUCAGGACAGUACUUAUUAGUUCGAUACUAAUUUAAAGCUUAAUCAUAGAAAGUUUUUAUGUAGAAAAUCCGAAGUUGUCUGAGACUUCCUUGGUAGCUUUUCAAAAUCUACGGAACAGAUUCUUUUUCUUUAUCUGUAAGGAUUUUUAGCUUUCUUUUCUUAUAUUUAUACACACCAUACCAAGUUCUUCUAUCGCUCACUGACUUCUCUUGUCAUUUUUUUGGUCUUACAAUUCUCUCCCCAAUUGAAAGUUUAUCUAUUCUUUGUCAUAAAAUUCAAAAACUUGAGGUGGGCACCCUUUCGUUUUCUGUAAGAAGAAAAUUAUUCUAUUCAAUUUUGUGUUUCUUACAGAAUUGUAUUGUGAAAAUUGGUUUUCGGUUUGUUGAAUUAUGUGUCAAUGGCCUAAUCAGUCAAAAAAAUCGCAGACUAUAACUCCAUUGUCUCCCAUGGAAAGCAAUUCUUUUACUGAAGAUAUGAGCUACUCGAUUGAUACCGAGCAUUCUUUUUCCUCGUUGCUUGAGUUUGCGGCAGGUAAUGACGUUGAGGGUUUCAGGCGAUCAGUGUUUGAUGAAUCCGAGGUUAAGCAGGUUGGACUAUGGUACGGUCGCCAUGGGGGAUCGAGGAAGAUGGUUCUCGAGCAGAGAACCCCUUUAAUGAUUGCUGCUAAAUAUGGCAGUGUUGACAUUGUGAAACUAAUUCUUUCUCUACCUGAGUUGCUAUUACUUGCAGGUGCUGAUACUAAUGCCUUUGAUGCCAAUGGUUGUCGCCCAAUUGAUGUUAUCGUUGCUCCCUCAAAAUUUCCUCACCUGAAAAUUGCACUUGAAGAGCUCUUGAAAAAUGGUUCUGUCUGUCAAUGGGAUAUGAUGCCGGUUUCAUGUCCUAGUUUGAGAUCCAGUUCACCUUCUCUGUCAUCAUUGAUUGAUGAAGGUUCCUCGUCCUCUCCCUCGGGCUCUAUAUUGUCGCCAGUUACCCGUAUGCCUAACGAUGUACAUUCUUCUGCUAAGAAAGGAUACCCUGUUGAUCCAACUAUUCCUGAUAUUAAGAACAGUGUUUACGCUAGCGAUGAGUUUAGGAUGUUCUCCUUCAAGAUCCAACGUUGUUCCAGGGCAUAUGCCCAUGAUUGGACCGAGUGUCCUUUUGUUCAUCCAGGUGAGAAUGCAAGGAGAAGGGACCCAAGGAAGUUCCAUUACAGUUGUGCACCAUGUCCAGAUCACAGGAAUGGGACAUGUAGGCGUGGGGAUUUGUGUGAAUAUGCUCAUGGGAUUUUCGAGAGCUGGCUACACCCUACCCAAUACAAGACUCGACUUUGCAAGGAAGGCACGAAUUGCAUGCGUCGAGUGUGUUUCUUUGCUCACGCAUCAAAUGAACUGAGAUCUCUGAAUAUGUCUACUGGAGCUGCAUCCUCUAAAGUAGAUGUUAUGGAUUUCACCACGGCCUCGAAGUUAUUGCCUAGCUCCCCUUCAGCAGUUUCCUCGACGUCACCUUCUACAUUUAAUCCACUGAAGCAUCUUUCAAGCAACAGUUCACACCCAUCUGUGCCUCGUCCUCAGCACCCAAAUUUGCAUAGCAGUCUCCAAGCAAGCCGUCUGAGAAGUUCUCUCAAUGCAAGAGACAUUUCAUCCGAGGAGCUUAAUGGAUUGCGGGAUUUUGCAUUCCAGCAACAUCUGCCCCUAAACGAGCCAUCCUCUUUCUCUCAGCUACAGUACAAUGGUUCCUAUACCGAUCUUUUUUCUCCUUCAAAUACCCUGAACCACUCAAAUCUAGACAAGAUUUUCUAUGCAAAUGUCUCAUCUCCUCAGCAUCCUGAACAACUGGGAGGUGCUGCAUCUGUUUUCUCUCCCACAUAUUCGUCAGCAGCUCUUAAUCAACAGCAGCAGCAUCAGAAAAGCAAGGCAUCUCGAAUUCAGGGGAUAUCAUCUUAUAUCAAUGAUCCUGUGUCCUCUUUGGGCUUUCAACUAUCUGCUCAUGUUCGCCGGGAGAAGACGUUGCAACAAUUACAAAGCAGCCUACUCUCACAGAAGUUUAGUUCUAAGCCAUCAUAUGACCUUGGAUCCAAUGGUACAAAUUCGAUAUGGAAAUCUGAGAACAGGAAUGCAGAUAGGUUUAUUCAGGCGGACGAAAUGGGUCAGCCACGCACAUCAUGUUCAAUUGAGCACGUUGGAGAGGAACCCGAUGUGUCAUGGGUUCAUUCAAUGCUAAAGGACUCACCAUCUGAGACAAACGAGGCAACUGCUAUUCCAGUCUCGGCCACCCUUGAUGGCUCUACUUCAGAUCCUCACAUUGAAUCCAGUGAUUACGUGGCUUUGCAAGCCUGGCUUGAGGGGUUGCAGCUUGAUCAGAACGUUGCUUAGGGAAAAAGAAAAUAGAUACAUAUAUAGUCAUAGCUGAAUUUCAGAUUUAUUAGUUGGUGCUAUCAGAUUUAAAUAAGGUAGUCGUAACGAUACGAGCUCAAAGGAAGAAAAAGUUCACAGAAGAAAUUCUCCAUUCAUUCUUUCAUUUUGUUUCUGAAAUUAUUACAGAGGUAAUCAUGAGGUUUAAAUUUUUGCAGGGGUUUUUCCUGCAAAGGUCCAGCUCCAGUUAGAUUCGUCUGGAAUUUUCAUUUUUUCAGGUUCAUAUUUUCCGUUGAAUUAUUUUGUUAAGAGUAUAGGAUAUGUGUUUUUCUUUUUGGGCAGGGAUGAAGUGUUGCUCUCCCAUUUUACAUAAUUUAUUUGUUCUUGUUGCUGUCAUCUGAGGUUGAUUUGUAUUGGAGUUCAACAAAUCCUGAGGAUGUAAUAAAUUGCAUUUACACUAAUACUAAAUCAAUUAGCAAUC